UGUCAGGUGACUUUGUUUGAUAGUUCGUCAUGUAAACUGGAGGAAAUUGUGUAUUUGAAAAGGAACAAGUUUCAAGUGCAUUGCAAUUGGUGGCGCCAUACGGAAACUUUUCCCUUUGUCUGUGCAUGGAGGUAGCUGUGAUUGUGGUCUCUUUAUGAUACUGUAAGUUUGGAUUGAGAUCUUCAGUCACGUUGUCAUCAUGGCACUGCCAUUCUAUGUCAUUGAUCAGUAUAACUUGGCACUUUGUGCCAUCGUUACCCUCGUCAUGCAAAGUACCUUCUUCGUCAUCGCGGCAACCUGCAAGUUUGAUAAAGUCACAGACUUCGCUGGAGGGAGCAACUUUGUUAUCCUUGCUCUGCUGACAUUCUUCAUCCCAGGGACGUAUGGUGCCAGACAGAUUGCAGUGACUGUUUGUAUUGUACUCUGGGGGCUCCGACUCUCAGGAUACCUCCUGUAUCGAAUCAUCAAGAUCGGCGAAGAUAAACGCUUUGAUGAGAUCAGGGGCAACUUGCUGAAGUUUGGUGCCUUUUGGUUAUUCCAGGCUGUGUGGGUCUACACCGUCAGUCUUCCAGUUAUCUUCAUCAACGCUGGUAUAAACGACGAUGGCAGCUAUUUUGGUCCUGGUGAAAUCAUCGGCACUGUGCUCUUCGCCUUUGGUCUCAUCAUUGAGACUGUGUCUGAUCAACAGAAAUUCAACUUCCGGGAUAAUAUUGAAAACAAGGGCAAGUUUUGCAACGCUGGUCUUUGGCGAUGGUCUCGUCAUCCCAACUAUUUUGGUGAGAUUACUUUGUGGCUUGGGAUCUUCAUCAUGAGCUGUACUACACUGACUUGUGGUGAGUGGGUAGCAGUGCUUAGUCCCUUCUUCAUUGCUUCAAUUCUUCUAUUUGGGAGUGGUGUACCGCUGCUGGAACAGAAAGCUGUCGACAGAUAUGGGAGCCAAGAUGCCUACAAGGAGUACAGGAACCAGACUAGCCCCUUAAUUCUCUGCCCAACGAGCCUGUACAAAGCCCUUAAUCCGAGACUCAAAUGUCUGUUCCUGUGUGAGUUCCCGUUCUACAGUCGUGGUGGUACGGCCUGUGAGGGUGAAGACCAAGCUACAUGUACAGUGAAGCCUACUGAACAGACAUGUAUAGUCAGAGCAUAGGAAAGUAGCGCGUUCUGCUCUACCAGUCAGGCUCCUAGUGGAUGAUACCCAUGCCUACAUCCUGACAGACUUUGAGGGGGGUAACCCUCCUAAUCGAUAGCGUAAAUCGGUUAAAGCCAUUGGACACUUUCGGUAAACAGUACUGCCAAGGCCCACACUUUGUGUAUCACAACUUAUAUAUAA